AUGCAACACCAAACUAGUCUUUCAGGCUCAGGAGAGCAGCAUCGUCCAUUCUCCCCCUCCCCUUCACUUGGUCCUUCUUUUCUCGUAUGGUCAUGCAAUUGGUGGCAUAAGGCCUGCUUCUUAAUUUUUUUGAUUGUAUAUUCAAUAUUCUACGUGAACUGUGAAUGCGCCUAUCAGCAAACAUCUGCUUCGAAUACCAUCGGAUUUCAGGCUUAUAACGGGGGAAACGGAAAUUAUACACCAACUGGAGAGAAUGAUGAUGUUUAUAUAAAUGGAGUAAACAUUGACCAACCUUGCCAUUGCCAGCAGUAUUAUGAAACAGGCGAAUCGGAACACAGCUUCCCACAGCCACACCCAUAUUAUCCUGAAUACUCGGUUGAAUAUGAUUAUGCUCAAGCUGAGAUAUGUGUUGAAGAGAUCACUUCUCGCUCAGGAAAACACCGACAUCACCAUCAUCAUCACAGCAAUCAUAGUAGAGGGAGUCGCACAAGAUCAUCUCCGUCAAAGCAUCCCUCUACACCAACUGAAAAGUCCUUAACGAACAAAAGCGACUAUGAGAGCAAUGGAUCUCCACACCCUUCCUCUGAUACGGUUUCGAUGUCUCAGAAAAGCAAACAUACCAUCAAGAAGAGAAAAUGCUGUCGUGGAGCAAGAGCAUCUCGUAUUUGUGUGAUAUUCACUUUUAUCUUUUUCAUCCUUGGUGCAAUUGCCGCGUUCUUUUGCUGGCCAAGAACACCUCUUGUCUCAAUGGGCAGCGCUAUCGAGAGUGGAGAUGAUCCUGUCAGUUGGGGAACAGAUCAGCAUCCUCUUCUUCACUCGUCCUGGCUGGUGAAUGUUACUUUUGAUAAUAGUCAGAACUGGAUCCCUACCCACAUUACCGGGCUUGAUUUUUAUAUGAAAGACAGUCUGACGCUGCGUCAAUUUGGAUGGGGAACACAAGGCCCAAUGGUCUUUGCACCACGCAAGAUCAUAUCUCAACAGCUCAGACUUACAGUGGAAUACUCGGCUUCUUCAACAACAGACCCGACCUUUCAGAAUCUCUACAGGGCUUGUGGGCCACAAAAGAAAGGGGAUCCGCCCUCACUUAAUGUGGUUCUUCAUAUGGCUUUUCAUUUCUGGGGGAUUAUGUGGGUGCCAACUGUUGCCAUUACACCGCCCACUGGAGGGUUUAUAUGCCCUCUUAAUUAA